ACCGACUCUUCCCUCAGCCUUCGUGUGACCUUGGAUAAGUCUUUCUCUCCCCAAGCUUCUGCUACCACAACGAUGAAAUGGAGGCAGGACGGUCCGCUGAGAGUUGGUACACACAAGAGGAAGGCAAGAUGACUUCCCUGCUCCAAGACUGGAACAGCUGAAGAAACCACAAGACAAAAUGAGAACUACAAAGGUCUACAAACUUGUCAUCCACAAGAAGGGCUUUGGGGGCAGUGAUGAUGAGCUAGUUGUGAACCCUAAAGUGUUUCCUCACAUCAAACUUGGAGACAUUGUGGAGAUUGCUCACCCCAAUGAUGAAUACAGUCCUCUGCUUUUGCAAGUCAAGUCUCUUAAGGAAGAUUUACAGAAAGAAACUAUCAGUGUGGACCAGACUGUGACUCAAGUAUUCCGGCUAAGACCUUAUCAAGAUGUCUAUGUGAAUGUUGUAGACCCCAAGGAUGUGACUCUUGACCUUGUGGAAUUGACUUUUAAGGAUCAGUACAUUGGCCGUGGGGAUAUGUGGCGACUAAAGAAAAGUUUGGUAAGCACUUGUGCCUAUAUCACUCAGAAAGUGGAAUUUGCUGGCAUCAGGGCGCAAGCUGGUGAGCUGUGGGUCAAGAAUGAGAAGGUCAUGUGUGGUUAUAUCAGUGAAGAGACCAGGGUGGUGUUCCGUUCUACGUCGGCUAUGGUUUACAUAUUUAUUCAGAUGAGCUGUGAAAUGUGGGAUUUUGAUAUUUAUGGGGAUCUGUAUUUUGAGAAAGCUGUGAAUGGUUUCCUUGCUGAUCUGUUUACUAAGUGGAAGGAGAAGAACUGUAGUCAUGAAGUGACUGUGGUCCUAUUUUCCAGAACUUUUUAUGAUGCAAAAUCUAUUGAUGAAUUUCCUGAAAUAAACCGAGCUUCAAUUCAACAAGAUCACAAAGGGAGAUUCUAUGAGGACUUUUACAAAGUGGUGGCUCAGAAUGAGAGAAGGGAAGAAUGGACAUCGCUCCUUGUGACGAUUAAAAAACUCUUCAUUCAGUAUCCAGUGUUGGUGCGACUGGAACAGGCAGGGGGCUUUCCUCAAGGAGACAAUUCUACCUCAGCACAAGGAAACUACCUAGAGGCCAUCAACUUGUCUUUCAAUGUGUUUGACAAGCACUACAUCAACCGCAACUUUGACCGAACUGGGCAGAUGUCUGUGGUGAUCACGCCUGGGGUGGGUGUCUUUGAAGUGGAUCGUCUACUCAUGAUCUUGACCAAGCAGCGUAUGAUUGAUAACGGAAUUGGUGUGGACUUAGUGUGCAUGGGAGAGCAGCCUUUACAUGCUGUGCCAUUAUUCAAGCUGCACAACCGGAGUGUUCCGAGGGAUUCUCGGCUGGGCGAUGAUUAUAAUAUUCCUCACUGGAUAAACCACAGUUUCUACACAUCCAAAAGCCAGCUCUUUUGUAACAGUUUCACUCCCCGGAUAAAACUGGCAGGAAAGAAGCCUGCUUCUGAGAAAACCAAAAAUGGCCGUGAUACAUCUCUUGGGACUCCAAAGGAAUCUGAGAACACCCUUCCCAUUCAAGUAGAUUAUGAUGCCUACGAUGCUCAAGUGUUCAGGCUGCCUGGUCCAUCCCGGGCUCAGCGCCUCGCCACCUGCAGGUCUGUGAGAGAACAGGAGAAUCAUAAUCGCAAAAGUGCCAGCUCCUGUGAUGUCUCGUCCAGCCCUUCCCUACCAAGCCGUGCACUGCCCACUGAGGAAGUGAGGAGCCAAGCUUCUGAUGAUAGCUCCUUGGGCAAGAGUACCAACAUCCUGAUGAUCCCCCACCCCCACCUGCACCAGUAUGAAGUCAGCAGCUCGCUGGGCUACACCAGCACCCGAGCAGAUGUCCUGGAGAACAUGAUAGAACCACCACAGCGGGACUCUAGUGCGCCAGGAAGGUUCCAUGUGGGCAGUGCAGAGUCCAUGCUCCAUGUUCGACCCGGUGGAUACACACCUCAGAGAGCACUGAUUAACCCCUUUGCCCCCUCAAGAAUGCCCAUGAAGCUCACAUCCAACAGAAGGCGCUGGAUGCACACUUUUCCUGUAGGACCAUCCGGAGAGGCCAUCCAGAUCCAUCAUCAAACCCGGCAGAACAUGGCAGAGCUGCAGGGCAGCAGGCAGAGGGACCCCACCCACUCCUCUGCAGAGCUGUUGGAGUUGGCAUAUCAUGAAGCUGCCGGAAGGCACAGCACUUCCCGCCAGCCUGGUGACAGCAUGUCCUUGAACUUCAGUGGAACAGAAGAGCUUUCUGUCAGCCUGCUUAGCAACAGUGGAGCAGGUAUGAAUCCUAGGACCCAGAAUAAGGAUUCUCCAGAGGAUGGUGUUUCUACCUCUCCAGACCCAAUUCUGACACUGUCUGCUCCCCCUGUAGUGCCAGGCUUCUGUUGCACAGUUGGAGUGGAUUGGAAGUCUCUUACUACUCCUGCAUGCCUUCCCCUCACCACUGACUACUUCCCGGACCGUCAGGGCCUGCAGAAUGACUACACAGAGGGCUGCUAUGAUCUCCUCCCAGAAGCAGAUAUGGACAGGAGGGAUGAGGAGGGGGUUCAAAUGACAGCCCAGCAAGUUUUUGAAGAGUUCAUUUGCCAGCGUCUCAUGCAGGGCUACCAGAUCAUAGUGCAGCCAAAGGCCCAGAAACCCAACACCACAGUUCCACCCCCGCUGAGCAGCAGCCCACUCUAUAGCAGAGGCCUUGUGUCCAGAAACCGCCCUGAGGAGGAAGGCCAGUAUUGGCUAAGUAUGGGCAGAACCUUCCAUAAGGUGACACUCAAGGACAAGAUGAUCACAGUAACACGAUACCUUCCCAAGUACCCUUAUGAAUCUGCCCAGAUCCGUUAUACCUACAGCCUCUGCCCCUCCCACUCGGACUCAGAAUUUGUCUCCUGUUGGGUGGAAUUCUGCCAUGAACGGCUAGAGGAGUACAAGUGGAAUUACCUAGAUCAGUAUAUUUGUUCUGCUGGCUCUGAAGAUUUCAGUUUAAUUGAGUCUCUGAAGUUCUGGAGAACCCGGUUCCUACUACUGCCAGCCUGUGUCACUGCCACCAAGCGCAUCACAGAAGGGGAGGUGCACUGUGACAUCUAUGGGGACAGACCCCGUGCAGAUGAAGAUGAGUGGCAGCUCUUAGAUGGCUUUAUUCGCUUUGUAGAGGGCUUAAACCGCAUCCGCAGGCGCCAUCGCUCAGACCGCAUGAUUCGGAAAGGGACUGCCAUGAAAGGCUUGCAGAUGACUGGGCCCAUCGCUGCACACUCCCUCGAGUCAACAGGCCCCCCAGUUGGGAAGAAAGGAACCUCAGCUCUGUCUGCACUGCUGGAGAUGGAGGCUAGUCAGAAGUGCCUAGGAGAGCAGCAGGCAGCUGUGCAUGGAAAAAGUUCCUCUCAGGCAGCUGAGAACAGCAGUGUUGCUAUGACGCCCACUUAUGUGGACAGCCCACGAAAGGACGGGGCCUUCUUUAUGGAGUUUGUCCGCAGCCCACGCACAGCAUCAUCUGCCUUCUACCCUCAGGCAUCUAUGGACCAAACAGCUGCUCUGGUGCUGGAUGGUGCCAAUUUGGGGAUCAGUACAUGCCAGUCCAUGGAUAGAGGUAGCAACCAGACCUUUGGGAACUCCCAGAACAUAGGAGAACAGGCCUUUCCCGCUGCAAACUCUGACUGCAGCUCUCAGCAGCAUGUAGCAAGCUCUCUGACAUCAUCCUCUACCCUGGUGGAGAUUCUGGAAGCCAUGAAGCAUCCCUCGACAGGAGUCCAGCUGCUCUCUGAACAGAAGGGCCUGUCACCGUGCUGCUUCAUCAGUGCUGAGGUGGUACACUGGCUGAUGAACAAUGUGGAGGGGGUCCAGACACAGGCGAUGGCCAUUGACAUCAUGCAGAAAAUGCUGGAAGAGCAGCUCAUAACACAUGCGUCUGGUGAAGCCUGGAGGACCUUCAUCUAUGGCUUCUAUUUCUACAAGAUAGUAAUGGACAAAGAGCCCGAUCGAGGUCAGAGCCAAAGCACAUGCAGUCACCACAGGGUGCCUAUGCAGCAGCCCACUGCCCCCUGGCACACAGCAGGAGUGGAUGACUUUGCCAGCUUCCAGCGCAAGUGGUUUGAGGUGGCCUUUGUGGCAGAAGAGCUUGUGCACUCUGAGAUUCCUGCCUUCCUCCUGCCCUGGCUACCCAGCCGGCCAGCCUCUUAUGCAAGCAGGCACAGCUCCUUCAGUCGAAGUUUUGGAGGACGGAGCCAGGCAGCUGCACUGUUAGCUGCCACUGUCCCAGAGCAGAGGACUGUGACCCUGGAUGUUGAUGUGAACAACCGAACGGACCGCCUGGAGUGGUGCAGCUGUUACUACCAUGGAAACUUCUCUCUCAAUGCAGCCUUUGAGAUCAAGCUACACUGGAUGGCGGUGACUGCCACAGUACUCUUUGAGAUGGUCCAAGGUUGGCAUCGAAAAGCUACCUCCUGCGGCUUCUUAUUAGUCCCGGUUUUGGAGGGUCCUUUUGCACUGCCCAGUUACCUGUAUGGCGAUCCUCUGCGGGCCCAGCUCUUCAUCCCACUCAACCUCAGCUGCCUGCUCAAGGACGGCAGCGAGCACCUGUUCGACAGCUUUGAACCAGAAACAUACUGGGAUCGAAUGCACCUUUUCCAGGAAGCCAUUGCACACAGGUUUGGAUUUGUACAAGAUAAGUAUUCUGCCUCUGCUUUUAACUUCCCUGCUGAGAACAAGCCACAGUAUAUCCAUGUUACAGGAACAGUGUUUCUUCAGCUGCCUUACUCCAAACGCAAGUUUUCUGGGCAGCAGCGCCGGCGGCGGAACUCCACCAGCUCCACCAACCAGAACAUGUUCUGUGAGGAGCGAGUUGGCUACAACUGGGCCUAUAACACCAUGCUGACCAAGACAUGGCGCUCUAGUGCUACAGGGGACGAGAAGUUUGCUGAUCGGCUGCUGAAGGACUUCACAGACUUCUGCAUCAACCGUGACAACCGACUGGUCAUGUUCUGGACAAAUUGCCUGGAGAAGAUGCAUGCCAGUGCCCCAUGAAGCCAGGCCGCUUGGCUUACGAGGUUGUGGGCAUUCUGGGGCUGGCCUUCCAGUUAGGCUCUGGGCAUCAGGCUGCUGCCGUCAGUGAGUGGGGCCACUGCUGCUUUUGGCCUUUGUACAAGUUUGAGCGAGGAGAAAGACUGGAAGCAGCUGCUGCCGCUACCACCACCCAGAGCUUGCCAUCCUGUGCCCAUGGCAGGGGGAGGCACAGAUUGUCUGUGGGAGGGAGUCAGUGUCUGGGAAUAGGGUAGGCAGCUUCCAUUAGGGUCCUUUUCUUUCACCAGCAGUGGGAUAUUCAGAACAGAACCUCCCGAUUCCUGCCCAGGAAUAUGCGUGUAUAGCAUAAUUCUGUGACAUAAUGUACUAUUGGCUCACACCAGGUGUACAUAUGUGUACAUAACAGAAGUAAAUAAAGUCCCCCAUACAGUGUC